CCGCGGCCAUCUCCGACGUCCGGCGUCGCUGGCUCUCGGUGGAAUGGACUGCCCCAAGAGGAUGUGCGACGCGGAGGCGGCGGUCGCCGUGCUCCCCGACGACCCCCUCGUGGAGAUCCUCUCCCGCGUCCCCGUCAAGUCCGUCUACCGGUUCAAGUGCGUCUCCAAGGCCUUUUGCCACCUCAUCGCCGAUCCCCUCCACCACAAGAAGCUACCCCAGACCCUAGAAGGGUUCUUCUUUCGGGACAAAGGGCAUCGUGGAGAUAUGUGCGUACUGUGGACUUCUCCUAUCUGUUUGAGGUGCCUGGGCCUGGCAUUCUUGAGGAACAAAGGCUCUUGCAUUGCUGCAAUGGCCUCCUCCUCUUUGCAGUUCACUACAAUAGCUGUGACAUUUCAGAGAGCUAUAUCGGGUGAGCUAACUGUGGUAGAUGUAGAAGGGAACAUACAGAAGAUCAUCGCUGCACCAUGUCAGUUGUACAAAGCAGAGAUAUGGGAAAGAUUAUUAAUCUGGGUUCUCCAGGACUAUGACAGACAACAAUGGGUCCUGAAGGACAGUGUAAGAUUAUCAGAGUUGUUUGGGGAAAGGAAUCACCAUAUGGACACUAACUACAAUGUUGUUGGAAUUCAUCCAGAUCACAGUUUGGUUUUUCUUGUUCAGCACUGGGACCUAAAGCUGAUAUUGUAUAACAUGGAUAGUAAAGAAGUGCGUGAUCUCUGCACUCUUGGACAUGACUAUAUGUGCAUUGCUCCAUAUGUUCCCUACUUCUCGGAGUUUGGCGCUUGAAAAAUAAGCAGUGAAAUUGUUGCUUGUGGGCUACUUAUUGGGAUGUUAAACAGAAAUUAGAUCUUUUCCAAGUAUGUAGUAGUUAGCAGCUGGGUACAUCUAGUAGAAUUAGGUGAUACAUUUUUCUGGGGCUUGGAUGUGUCAAGUUUGUGGUCCAAUUAACAAGUAUGUUGAGACAUGCUAAAGCUUGGUUUACAUGUAGUAAUCUCGAUGAAUGCAGUUCCCCAACCUAUGAUGCUUUUCAUUAAAGUCAAAUGUGUCACGUGUUACCUUUGU